AGAAUCAAGGGAACUGUUAAAUGGUUUAAUGUAAAAAAUGGCUAUGGUUUUAUUACGAGAGAUGAUACACUUGAAGAUGUAUUUGUUCAUCAAACUGCCAUUACAUUAAAUAACCCAAGUCGUUUUCUGAAAAGCUUAGGCGAUGGAGAGAAAGUGGAAUUUGAUCUUGUUGAAGGUAUUAAAGGUAUAGAAGCAGCUAAUGUUACAGGCCCUGAUUGGCAACCCGUCAUAGGAAGCAUUUAUGCUUCUAUCAAAAGG